AUGGAACAGAGUCACCACCUCUGCUCCGGGCGGGACACAGACAUGGACUCUGCAGAGGACAACAAGCACCUGGACAGGAUGGAGACGGAGGAGACGCAGCAACAUGUGGCUGACAGAGAGGGGCUGUUCAGCCGCUGCAGGGGGGGCCAAGGGAGAUUCAGGCCCAGGCUCCUGGCGACGAAGAGCUUCCCUCCUUACAGCCAGUGCAUCGGUGGGCUGGGAGAGGACGAGGACUGGGACGAUGCGUCCAACUCGGAAUCAAACGCGAAUGAGAGGGAGGACACCCGGGAGGUCCAGGACAGAAAACCCUCGGAGUGUCCACGAGAAGUUCUCAGGGCCAAAUGGAGGUCCAGGAGGAGGGAGAAGCUGGGGGGCAGCUUUGAGGUGGGCGAAGAGGGGUGGGAGAGGGGGAGGUGGAGCGGGAGGCGGCGGGGGAAGGAGAGCGGGGAGGGGAAGGCUGGGGGGCCGAACAGCGACAGCAAACACUGGAGGGGCCGGAGCUCUGGUUUCGGGAUAGAAAAAGAUGACGAGGAGGAGGAGGAGGAAGGAGGUCGGCAAGUCUCGCCCCCCGCAGGAGCACGGGAGGAGGGCGGCAUCAGCCCAGAGACCUCCKUGGAGAUGACGGAGCCCUCCACUCAGCGGCAUCCAAUCCUCUCCAAGCUGCUCUCCUCCUCCACCUCCUCCUCCUGCUCCUCCAUCAACCUCUCGUCAGGAGAGAGCGAUGAGGUCUUCAGCGAGGCGGAGGACGCGGCGGCGAAGAGGAAGACCUUCAGGAAGUCUCGCUCCUGGAAAACCUUUCUGACCAUGAUGCACUGGUCACUUCGGCGGCAGAGUUCCUGGGUCCAGCUGGCUGGACAUCAAGGUAACUUCCAGGUGAGUAAAGGAGGGGAGGUGCUGAAACUGUACAGCGAACCGGAGGCCAAGUGCCUGGACUGCCUGAUGAGUGACCCCCUGAGGCCGUUCGUCCCGCAGUACCACGGUUUGGUCACCAGAGGGGAGCACUGCUACAUCCGCCUGGAGGACCUGCUGAACGGGCUGAGGAGGCCUGUGAUCAUGGACUGCAAGAUGGGAGUCAGGACAUUUCAAGAGGAGGAACUGGUUAAAGCCCGAACCAAACCCACCCCGAGGAGCGACAUGUACCAGAAGAUGCUGAAAAUAGACCCUGCGGCUCCAUCAGAGGAGGAACACGAACAGAAAGGGGUGACCAAAUGGCGCUACCUUCAGUGGAGAGACACAACCACCUCUACGUCCACGCUGGGCUUCAGGAUAGAGGGCAUCAUGAUGGAGGAUGGCAACGUCCAGCGGGAUUUCAGAAAAAUCAAGACUUUAGCUCAGGUCACAGAGGCGUUGCUGUACUUCACCAGGAGUCAGCUGGACACUCUGAGAGCGUACCGCUCCAGACUCCUGGACCUGAAGGACGCGCUCAGGAACUCCUCGUUCUUCAGAACCCACGAGGUGAUCGGCAGCUCGCUUCUCUUCGUCCACGACCACCACAAGGCCAGCGUGUGGAUGAUCGACUUUGGGAAGACGGCGCCCCUGCCCGACGCCCGGGAGCUCCAGCACGGCAUCCCGUGGACCGAGGGCACCAGGGAGGACGGGUACCUCAUCGGCCUGACCUCCCUCAUCUCCUCACUGGGCGAUGCCAUUGACGUGGCCUGCGGGCAGCAGGAGGUCGUCUGCGAGGAGGAAAACAUGUUGCAUGAAGUUCUCUGAGCGUUGUGUCUGUGACACAGAACUAAACUGAUUGUCAGGAUGAGGCGAGCAAAAGAGACUCUGUUGAGGAUUUAUUUUUCUGUCUGAGGAAAGAAAUUUGAUUGAAAGUUGAUGCUUGUCUUGUUUUGUACAUCUGGAAUGUACAUAUGUCAACACGCAAAAUAAGUUUUAUGUUUUACCUUUUUUGCAUAUUUUCUAAUAAAUGUAAUAUUCACAAAGGACAAAAA